AUGGGGAAACAACUAUUUAAGCAAGGCCCUCGACAGACCUACGGUUUAAUCAUUGCUUAUUAUUGCUUAUCAUUGUGCACUUUGCUUAUUGCUGCAGAUGAUCAGGGAAUCCUUCGUGUCUUAGGUCAGUUCAGUGGAGACUACAUUACAGGACAAGUGACACUGGAACUGACCAAAGGCACAAAAGUGAAUGCCUUAAGUGUAAAACUAAAAGGAGAAGCAAGCGUGUUAUGGACUGAGAAAAAUGGAAAAAGCACAGAUACGUACAAGAGCAAAGAGAAAUAUUUCAGUAUCGAGCAGUUUCUAAUCCAGAGAGACAACGGAAACAACCUUGUGGCCCAGGGCAGCACUGUUUACCCUUUUACGUUCCAAAUCCCUGCACAAGACUUGCCUCAAUCUUUUAAUGGUACAUGGGGUAAAAUUAAGUACACACUGGAGGCAAAUCUGGCCAGACCAAUGAGACUGGACAGUAAAGCGAGGGCAGAGUUUAACCUGGGUUCAAAAAACACACCCAUCCAUUCAAUGCAUUUAAUGGCGCCACAACAUGGUGUUACAGAUAAGAAACUGAAUUUUUUCAACUCUGGAUAUGUAACAAUGGAUGUGAAAAUUGACAAAACCGGGUUCCACCAAGGAGAAGGAAUAAAAGUCGUGACAUCUAUUCACAAUAAGUCAACACGGGAUGUGCGCCCUAAGUAUUGUGUGUACACUGAGCACAGUUUCUUUGCAAAAAGCAAAAGGAAGAUGAAGACUAAAGAUCUACUCAAAGAGGUUGGAGAUACUGUGCCACCCUCUUCUGGUCUAACUGUCACCAAAAUCAUCACUAUCCCCACAACUACAUGCCCAUCUCUCCUCAACUGCAGCAUUAUUAAAGUGGAGUACAGGCUCAGGGUGUAUUUGGAUGUAAAGUAUGCUUUGGACCCACAGAUAACGUUCCCUAUUAUAAUACUCCCUGCUGCUCAAGGCUUUGAUACAAACCUCCGUCCAACUUAUGGAUUUGAAUCGUUUCCUACAGGGAAUUACCCCCCUCCAUACUCAGGACCGCAGCCCUCAGCGCCACCCAUGGACUAUGCACCUCCGCCUCCCUAUGAAACAUGUGGGAAAUAGCCACGUUUGCCCAGUUAUGAGACUAAAUAUUGAAGUUUUGUCUUUAUUUUUUUGUCAUGUGUUCAUCUGAUCAUGUGAGAUGG